UUAUCUGUCCUAUAUUGUUUAUUUAUUUAUUUAAGGCAAACAGACAGUUAUAACAAUACGCAAUUGUACACUUAAAUAGUAAUUUAACAGCCACUAAAAUUUGCACAAAUGUAUAAUACAAUUGAAGGAAAUACAAAAUUGAACAAUACUAUUGAAAACUACAGCAGCAUUGUCAAUAAUAAAGCUCAUCAUAAUAAAGCUAUCAGAUGUUAACAAAGCCAUACAUUUUUUGAGAACAACAUUAUUUGAGAAUAAUACCUGUAGAACUAUUAGAAAAAAUUAAAAAAGUAAAAUUGAAAGUAAAUUAAAUAAAAAAAAUAGUUUCUCGGUUUUCCCUGUUCUCUUACUCCCUUACCUCUUACCGAAGCCUUGUAUCUAAGAUCAAAUAAUUCACAAUAUUUCUAAAUGAAUGUUUUAUAAAGUGCUCUUAUAGCGAAUCCCUUCAAUCUACAUCGAUCAAAGAUCUCUACCAUCUUAGAAGUGGCAAAAAAUCUGUCGAUAAAUACGUUAUCGUUACCGCGUGUAUGAGAUAGAACGAGAUAUUUGGUGACUUGUUAUUUCUCAUACAUACACUAAUGUAAAUGUAUCUACCAAUAGAUUCAUUUACUACUUAUCUAGGAACUUUAAAUAGAUGUAAUUGAAAGAAAAUUUAGGUAUUUUUUUAAUAUAAGUUUUUUAAUUAUUGAUUCAAAUUUUGACAUGUUUUUUAUGUUUGUCCCUGAAUGUAAAGAAUAAUGAUUUUUAAUAAAAUGUAUUUUUCUAUAUCAGUUAUUUUUACUAUAUUGAACAAAUCUAAAAUCAUUAUCCUAAUGGCAGACAAUCGUGACAGAUAUGUAUGUAUGUAAUUUUACACUGCUUGAUAUAAUAAUGUGUUUAUAUUCAAAUACGUAUUUAAAGUUAUAUCAAAUAAGUACAAAAAGUUAUUACUUGCAUGUAGUUAGCUUCCGUUAAAUUCUAAAAACAUUUAUAUUGUAAAUAUUUAUAAAAUUCACACAGCCGCUCAUGAUUAAGGAUCACGAAUUAAUCCCGAAACUAGUCAAGCUUUCUCGAUCUAAUUACAUGUAAUUUAAACCGGUAGUUAUUACAUUAAAUUAAUACGAAUUUUUAACAUUAAAAUAUUAAUAAUGUGACGGCGAAUUUAAAAGAUUUAACGACUCAACCAAUUAUUUUAUAGAAAAUUAUUUACAUGAAUCAUUUAAGAUACAAUACAAAAUGUAUUGUAAUCUGUAAAUAACCCUUAAACGUCAACUUUAUACAAUUAGAUAGAUAGAUAGAUACUCUUGUUUCCUCCAAAAGAUUACAAUAGUAAACUUAUUAUAAAUAUAAAUAAUUACAAGAAAUAAUCACAAUGAGAAAACAAUGGGCGGCCUUAUCGCUGAGAGCGAUCUCUUCCAGGCAACGUUUGGAUGGAGAGGAGUAAUUAUAAACAAUUUGGUUUGGUAUAGACAAUUAACUAUUACACAGUUAAUUCCCCAUGGCCGUGCUUGUCACACAAAAAUGUCUCCAACAUUAAAAUUACAACUAAUAUUAAUAUUUUUUACGACCGUUAACUGCCAGACUAAAAAUGGCAGUAAUCAGAACAAGAGUUACCAACGUAUAACGUUCGACGACCCGGGUCGUCCAACUUUGUCCUACCCAACUUCACUAGGAUUCCUGUUCAUUUUCAUGACGCUGUUGAUCGGAGCAGUGGUCAGGGCUGUGAUGCUGUGGACUAGCAUGUGCCUUCCAUACAGAGCGGUGAUGUUCGCUCUAGGUGGUCUAGCUGGUUUCUGGGCAAACGGAUCUCCCGCCUUUAAACCGUUCGUGAACGUUUGCUACCUGGACAUUGAUGUAUUAUUGAUCGCCUUUCUGCCUAUAGUAGUAUUCAGCACCUCAUACAGCGUGGAUUCCCACUCAUUUUGGAGAAGUUUUCCUCAAAUUCUUCUAGUUGCGGUUCCUGGGACGUUAUUGACAGCUAUAAUGGUUGGUUUCAUGGCCUUUUACCUGAUGGAGUCAUCGUGGAAUUUCGCCACUGCCAUUUUAUUUGGAGUCGUGUGUUCCCCUAUAUUCCCAGUGGAAGUUGUAAAGCAAUUGAAGGAAAUGUCGAAGGGGAAGUACAUAAGUGUGUUGCUAUUGGGUGAAGGUUUAAUAGGAGACACUACAGUGAUGAUAGAGUUCACAGCAAUAUUUGGUUAUUUGGCCAUGGCUAUCACUGAUGCUUCGCAGAUUGCGUUGCUACUGCUUCGGUUUGCAGGCGGAGGGAUAUUGCUAGGUAUCAUAAUGGGCAAGAUAGCUGGUAUGCUACUUUCUGCGACUUACAACGACAUGUUAUGUGUAAUAACAGUUACAUUAGCUGCUGCGUACCUCACUUAUUAUGUGGGGGAGAAGUUCUUAUAUGUUUCUGGGUUGUUGGGAACAAUAAUAUGUGGUGUUCUAGUGAGCAACAAGAAGUCUACAGUAGCGGGGGAUGUUGAACAGAUAGUGUCCAGUUUCUGGACUAUUGUAGUGCAUGAAGCCAAUACCUUAGUAUUCACUAUGGUCGGUGUGGUGAUAUUCGAAAAAGUCAGCUAUGUGAUCACUGUGCGCCAAGUUUCCUUGGUGUUUGUCACGUACAUGACUAUAUAUUGUGCCAGGUUACUGGUAUACGCGGCCAUGAUGCCACUACUCCGCCGUGUGGGUUAUGGUAUGACAUGGCAGCACUGCAUGGCUUGCGUGUGGGGCGGACUCAGGGGUCCCUUGUCUUUGUGUCUGGCUCUGGUCGUGCUGCAGACACCGUCUGUAGCUAAUAUUGGAGAAAUUUUCAUAAUCCAAACUGCCGGCAUAGUACUCUUGUCUCUUCUUAUAAAUGCCACUACGAUGCACAAAGUCCUCAAGAUGUUGGGAUUGGCGGAGAUUUCUCUAGCCAAGAAAGCCAAUAUGACUAAUUGUGUAAAGCGCAUCAUGAUGACCAGAGACAGGUGUAUAUCCAUGUUGAAGAUGGACAAGUUUUUAGCUGAUGCUAACUGGGAUCUUGUCCAGGAAGGUACAACUGUUAAGCAUCCGUACCAGCUUCAGAUAUCUGGCCGCGACGAGGAUAGCGAGGACGACACCUACAUGGGUUAUAGAUAUACCACUUGCCCUGACUGCGAGAGGGAGAUACCCAAUGAACCCACGAAGAAGGAAUUCGCCGAAAUGAUGAGGGAAGCGAACCAACGUGUACUAAAAGCUAUGAAGAUAUCUUACUGGAGACAGUAUGAACACGGGAAGAUCAGCAAAGACGGAGUCAGAACAUUGGUACAAGCGGUGGAAGUAGCCGCGGACUCAAAUGACGGGCGGAUCAAUUUAGAUCAGCUUGGCACUCUAUGGAAACCAAAAGCUCACGCAGUCUGGCUUCGACACAAGUUGGUGAACAUGAUGACACCUGAAGCCGCUAAUGCCCAAGUGCCACAGAACGCUUGGCGGCAGCAGUGCUACCGUCUGGUCACCAACGUGUGGUUCGACGGGUUCAUAUACCUGAUGAUACUUUGUAAUACGCCUGUCAUAUUGUGCGAAGUGGCGCUGAGACCACCCGUCUCUCUCACUGUUACUUAUACCAUCAAGUCGCUCAAUUUAUUCUUUUACAUAAUCUACGUGAUAGAGAUGAUAUUAAAGAUGUUGGCGUACAGUAUCCGUGGAUAUUUCAAGUCACAUUGGAAUAAGCUGGACUUUUUCAUUAUCGUUAUGGCUACUGGCGAUCUGGUGCUGGACGUGAUAGAUGCACUGACCCCGUGGGACAAGUGGACGAACCUCAACUCCAGCGUGCUCACCGCCACCAAGCUGCUGAGGAUGUUGCGCUUCCUCAGGCUGUGCAAGUUAGCAAGGGUGUCUGUGCCUAAAAUUAUGGCAUACAUUGAUCGAAUGAUUGACAUACAAUUGGCCUACGGUUACGACGUUGGAAAGGGUUUCGUGACCGGUGAACAAGAAGUAUGUAAUUUGCUGCCUCAAUUGGUGGAUAACAUACAAAUACAGGAAACCUUGAAUGCUAAAUUGGAAGCAGACAGAUUGGCAGUCACAAGACAGCUGGGUCUCUUGCAGCGGGAUCGGCCAUGGACAGCUAUUACGGUGAAGACCAGGCAAGCCACCACUUCGACUUUGAAUAUCAUGAUAUUGGACACAAUGCAACUUAAGGAAGAAGGCUUUUUGGAUGAAAUGGAAUAUCGGCUUUUGGUGAACGCGAUUCAGGAGAAGGUGCAAAUGUGUCGCCACAAGGGAAGCCUGGUGGCGCCCUCAUCACCAGAGACCCAGCUUCGUGCUGUAUCGUGGCUGCAAGGGAACGAGAGGGUAGCUGAUUACUUCCUGGAGAACUCCAAUAUCAUUAAUUAUAAUUAUAACGAUAUUCUCAUUUCUAGAGGCGAUGAACCAAAGGGCUUAUACAUCCUAGUGUCAGGUCUUCUCGAGGCCACAUACACGCCUCCAGACGGAGAUGUGGAAGAAGCUAUACCCAACUAUGAAUUUCUAACGGACUUGAAGUUCGGCGAACCGAGCCAGGAUUACAUCGUAUCGGGAAACGCAGUCGGCGUUCUUGGGGUGUUAACAAAUCGCCCCUACAGCUACACGGUACGCUGCGACUCAGCGGUGCAAGCGUAUCAUAUCACCAUGCCGGUGAUUAAAGAGGCUUUCAAUCUCGCCCCCCAUCCCAUCAUGGGCCUAGAAGCUGCAAUGUGGCGGGAGAUAGGCAUAAAGCUAUCCAUGAUGGUGCUACCUACUGUGCCAGCUUACCAUGGAUGGUCGGCUGAGAAACUAAGCAUGAGGCUGGAGCAUUCCUUCGUGCCGUGUCUUAAGGCGUUCAAGGUGUUCGUUGUUAAUGAACUGAUGGAAGAUAUAGUAUUGUUAGAUGGCAUAUGUCAGGAUAUGGCCACCAGAGAGGUGUUUCAGCCACCCUGUUAUAUACCCAGAACAGCUCAUCGGUUGAUCUUCCCAAAGCCCUCCCAACUGAUAGUGUCGAGCAGUUGCCCGGAGACCAAGCUGUUGAUCAUACCAGCAAAGGAUACGGAUGAACUGGACAUAAUGGAAGAUGAACUGGACGACAUGCAGUGCGAACUGGUAUCCAAUGUGUCCUCCCGUUGCCUGUACCAUAAAGUUGUGCGGAAGUUAUCAAGCGAGUCCCGUGGUCCGAGUCGGCGCACGCGCAGCAAACGGCGCCGAGGCGGGAUAAGGCGUGUCAACUAUAGGGAGUCCGUAUGGGGCAAACAGAUAUCAACACCAAACAUAGCAACGGCGCAAAGCGAAAAAGAGCUGAAUUCAAAAUUUUACAUACCGAGUUUGUUGAACGAAAUGUCUGGAAAACUAGAACCGUCAAAGAGUAAAGGAGAAGUAAAAAUGGGUGAAUUGUCACCAGAACCAUCUGUGCGGAACCAACGCUCCGAACAAGAGAUUUACAAUACAAUGCUCACGAAGAACAAGAAGUCAUCUUUGGAGAAGGGAUAAAAUAUGACUAAAAAAUAAUUAUUGAACAUAGUUUGAUAAUAGUGAGGAAUAUUUCAAAAAAUUCUAAAUCAUUUUUAUAUUUAUUUCUAAUCGAGAUUUGUACUUAUUUAAAUUAUUCAAUAUAUUUUUAUUAUUGUUUGAUAAA